AUGCCUUCUUACACCAAGUUCUUGAAGGAUAUUGUCACGAAGAAGAGGAAGCUGGAAAGAAUAGUACAUGUUUCCACGGCAACAAAAUAUAGUUUGACACUGAGUAAACUUCUAUUGAAGAAAAAAGAUCCUAGAAGUUUUGUUAUACCAUGCUCCAUCGAUGAUAAGUAUAUUGGGAGAGCCCUUUGUGACUUGGGGUCAAGCGUAAGCAUGAUGCCCAAGUCCAUAUUUUUGAAACUAAUUGGCAUGGGUAAUUCUCAACCAACCACCAUGAUUUUGCAACUGGCUGGCCGAUCACAUGUUCGUCCCGAGGGAAAAAUUGAGGAUGUGAUAGCUAAAGUGGACAAGUUUGUCUUUCUAAUAGAUUUCCUUAUUUUAGAGUGCGAGACCGAUGAAAAUGCACCUAUUAUUCUUGGGUGUCCCUCUUGGCCAUUGCCAUUGAACGCAUCUUAA